AUGUGGUACUUUCCCAUAAUACCACGAUUGAAACGACUCUUUCAAGCUAAGAGUAUAGCACAAGAUUUAUUAUGGCACGCCACAAGUUCCAAAAAACCCGGUGUUUUACGCCACCCAUCAGAUUCACCUGCAUGGCAAGCCAUAGAUAACCAAUUUCCCGAAAUUGCUGACGAUCCAAGAAAUCUUCGGCUUGGCAUUUCCACAGAUGGGGUUGACGUAAAUAGAGGUAAUAGAAAUCAUAGUGUUUGGCCGGUUUUAGCUGUCAUUUACAACCUUCCGCCUUGGUUGUGUAUGAAAAGAAGGUUUAUCAUGCUUUCGGUACUAAUAUCGGGAACGCCUGGAAACGAUAUUGAUGUGUUUUUGGAUCCUUUGAUUGAUGAUCUACAACUCUUAUUUGAAGAAGGAGUUGAAACAUAUGACGCCUAUGCACAAGAAAAAUUUAUCCUACGUGCAUUUGUUUUAUGGACGAUUAAUGAUUACCCUGCUCUUGGUACACUAUGUGGCUGCCCUUAUAGUGGAUUCCAUGGUUGUGUAGUGUGUCGAAAAGAAACUCAAUGUUGUAGACUUCCUUUCUCAUCCAAGCAGAGUUAUGCUGGUCACAGAAGAUAUUUACCAUAUAACCAUCCUUUCAGAAAGCAAACGAAGGCGUUCAAUGGAAAACAAGAAUGGGGAACUACUGCAAAUCCUAUGACCGGGGAAGAAAUAUUCAACGAGGUUAAAUACGUUAAGAAUAUAUGGGGGAAAGGAUUUAAGGAUAAAGUAUCAGGAAUCCUAGAAAAUUCUACUGGAAGAGGGGGGAAGACAAUUAAGAGAAAAAGGAACACAUCAAAAGAGGGUGAUAGUUCAAAUUCCGGACAUAAAGAACCGACCUAUUGGAAGAAAUUCAACAUAUGGUAUCGACGACUUAGGUAUUGGCGGUAUAAUUGUGUCCAACAUUGUAUUGAUUUCAUGCACAUUGAAAAGAAUGUGGCUGAGAGUAUUGUCGGAACAUUGCUAAACGUUCCAGGAAAGACGAAAGAUGGAUUAAAUGCUCGAUUGGAUCUGGCGCAUUUUGGGUUAAAAAAAGAGUUGCAGGCUAAAACACAAGGCAACAAAACAAUACUUCCUGCAGCAUGUUACACAUUAACGAAAGAUGAAAAAGACAAGUUUUGUGAAACAUUAUACAACUUAAGGGUUCCACAAGGGUAUUGUUCUAAUUUUUCUAGUUUGGUGAAUCGAAAGGAUAGGAAACUUGUGGGACUUAAAUCACAUGAUUAUCAUAUGCUUAUGCAACAAUUUUUGCCCAUUGCAAUACGGUCUAUCAUGCCGGAACCCACAAGAUAUGCUAUUAUCAGGGAGGUAAAAUUAUGCGGGCCAAUAUGCUUUCGGUGGAUGUAUCCCUUUGAAAGGUGCAUGAAGGUUAUUAAAGGGCAUGUGCGAAACAAAACUUAUCCAGAAGGAUGCAUUGCUGAGGAGAAUAUUGCAGAAGAAACAAUUGAGUUUUUCAGCGAAUACCAAAAAAACAUGAAGACUAUUGGCAUUCCACCAUAUAAGUAUAAGACAUCUGAAAAUGAUAACGGGGAAGGAAAUCCUUUGUCAGCCGGUAAACCAGUUCUGGUUUCUCCGAAACUCUUCUUGAAAGCACAUUUCUAUGUAUUGCAAAAUACGCCCGAAAUUGUGCCUUAUAUUGAACAACACAUGACCUUUUUGAAAAACCGACAUGGUGGUAAACCGCAAGCGUGGCUGGAGAAAGAGCAUAACACAACGUUUGGUCACUGGUUACGUAACAAGGUUGAAAAAGAGUUAGCGGUUUCCACAGAAAGUAUAUCAGAAACCGUAAAGUGGAUUUCACAUGGAGUACACAGCAACGUAUUAAAAUACGAUGUAUAUGAAAUCAAUGGCUAUACAUUUCGUACAAAAUCUCGUGACGGUGGAGUUUACCAAAACAGUGGGGUCGGUGUAGAGGUAACUGACAUGCACAUUUCUAAAGAAGUAGUAACCUACAGAAAGAACUUCUAUUAUGGGGUAUUACGAGAGAUCUGGGUACUAGAUUAUCAUAUUAAAAGAAUUCCUCUUUUCUUGUGCGACUGGGUUGAAAAUAGAAAUGGGGUCAAACAAGAUAGUCUUGGUUACACGUUGGUCGAACUUAACAGAUUAGGCCACAAGGAUGAUCCGUUCAUAUUGGCCUCACAAGCACGACAGGUGUUUUAUGUUAAAGACCAGCUGGAUAAAAAAAUGUCUAUUGUCUUUAUGACACCUCCCAAAAACUAUAGAGAUUCGUAUGACGACGUUGAUGAGGAAUUUAGUACUGUAAUUUUUCCUCACAAUGAUAAUAUAUUGCCACGUGUAGAUCCACUUGACAUGGGUAAUCAAUCCCGCGAUGAUUAUUACAGAACCGACUGUAACGGUAUAGUUUUACGUAAUGUCGAUUGA